AUGCCUCCAACCAAAAGAAAGGCUGCCAACGCCCUUGAUCCGUCCGAGCGCAAGAGGGCCCAAAAUCGCAUUUCGCAACAGUGUCUGCGCGAAAAAAACCUCACCUACAUUCGUAACCUCAAGGAGACAAUUGAGCUACUACAGAAGGUAGCUACCGGCUCAGAUCCUCAAGAUCGUUGCUCUGUCCUUGUUGAUGCGCAUCUCAAGUUGAUAGCUGAGAACCAGAGGCUAGAAGAUGCCUUGCUGCGGUUGCGCAAGAAGUUACUCAGUUUCGGUCAAGCUGCCACUGCUGCUGCUGAUGCUGAAAACACUGGUAGCGGGCAAGCACAGCAACCUGGACCUAGCACUGAAUUAGUCAAUCACGAGACACCUUCUGCUCUUGAUCCCUCGAUCAAUAACCAGUCUUUCCAGAACAUAUCGGAGCAAGCCACCCCCCAGACUGAUAUAUUCAAGGACGCAUCGUUUCUUUUAGAUCUGUCUAUAGCGGGCCAAGAACACGAAACAUUAACAUCAAGCACAAUGCAGCCUGGAGAUGCCUUCAUAGAUCCUGCCAUCUCUUCUAUUUCACCAAUAUCGCGCUUAUUUGUCCCGAAUCAGCUCAGCAUCACGUCAAUGUCUAUUUUUGGCUCCAGACUUCUCGGCGCUUGUCGUCGACAUCUGGAUAACUUGCAUGACUCUGGUAAUCAUGCCGAUAUGGUUGACAAGAUAGUCAAGACUGCUGUGCGCUUCUCUAUGCGCUGUGUAGGAUUAGAAUCCUACGCCUAUGGAGUGAACGGGGCUAAAUACAUCGAAAAAGUCAUUAGUUGGCGUCUUGGAAUCGACUCGAAGAAUUCUGUUCCCCUUCCAUUCCGCCCAACACCACUCCAGUCCAAAAACCCCACGCACUUCUGGGGCAUUGACUUAUUCAACUGGCCUGAAAUCAGAGAUCAGCUGGUCCUCGAGGCAGAAUCCACUGACUUUGACGAACUACUCAAAGACCUUGUCUUGCACUCAGUCAUAGAACCUGCUAACCACAGCGUCGCGCUCAAUGUUCUCGAUAUCUUCGAAAACCAAGUCCUGCGCAGACGUCAACACCAAAAACCCCCUCCGAGAAGUUACUUCACAGAUCCAUCAUGGACCCUUUUCCACAUUGGCCCAGAGCUUGGGGAAUGGUACUCUUCUGAGCACGAUAUAGUCGAGGAGGCUAUCUUUCAAGAACUAGAUCGACAGAUUAACGCCGUGGCGCCAAGUCCAGAUGAUCUUCCCGUGGAGGAGAGCCAGGCCAACGACGUAGCUAAGUUUCUGGGGCUCGAUGACUUUUUUCACUAUUCAAUUUCAAAGGUCAUGGCCUGCUGCGCUGUCGGAGCAUACAUCGUCUUCCGUUUUCUCAACAUCCACGAGAAACUUUGUACACUUUACCCGCGUCAAAACUAUAUCAACCAUGCCCCUGUCCGACGUCAGAAACCAGUCAAAGGUGCUCAGGUUAGCAUUCUGAGUCUAAAUGGUCUUACUUGCGCAUCCUGUGUUUCCGAUGUUCAAGACAUCAUCGAGACUAUUCCUGGAGUCUUGAAGGCCAUGGUAUCACUCGGACUACUUAGAGCCCAAGUCGAGUUUGACGACAAUAUCGUAAAGGAAGCAGAAAUCGAAGACGCAAUUCGCUCUGCAGGCUAUGAUGCAAACUCACUACCUUCCUCCGACUCCCAGAACUGGGCUAGUCUAUUUUCUAUGAUACAAGAUCCGUCAAACUCACAGAAGCAUCAUGUUAACUCAUGCCAACGGGAUUUUAUCGUGGCGACUGCCGCUUCAGUUAUAUUCUUCACAUCACGCAGCGUCAACAAUCUAUGGACUACAGAGAGCUAUUACAUAAGGUUGAUCUCAUAUCUCGCUGUUAUAUUGAGCCUAGUAGCUGGAUCACCAAGUAUGGCAACUCUUGCAUCUCUGGGUAAUAUGUUGGCUCUGAUGCAAGCUGCUACUGUUUCUCUACAGACUGGUGUCAGUGGACCUGUUGGUAUGGACUUAAAGACCCUGGAAGCUAUUCCGAUUCUAUCUACGAGUGUUCUCGGUGGCCGCUUGCUUAAGGCUAUCCUUUCACAGCGUAACCGGGUCUUCGCAACUCCUCUCUCAACUCUUGUGCCUGCCACGGCUACAGUAUACAGCAAAUCCGAUCAUACAUCUGUUCCCAUCGACCUGCUAUCUACUGAUGACAGCGUUAUGGUCAGCCGAAGAGAGUAUAUACCUUGCGAUGGAGUGUUGGAGAGUACAGAGUCAGCUCUUAUCACGGAGAAUUGGAUCAGCGGCUCUUUAGGGCCUAGGACUGUUGAGUGCGGGGAUACCGUAUAUGCGGGCGGCCAGCUGGCCAACGCAGAGCCCCAGGUUCAUCGUGCUACGUCAUGGUUCUCAAGUGCAGUUAUCCUGCUUGCGACAAUACUACUAACUGUGCAUCUUGCAUUCACGAACGAGACCUGCUGGAUAGAUGGGUUGGGUCGAGCUUCAGCGUUGCUACUCGCUGCUUGUCCAUCUUCAUUGAGUUUAAGCAUUCCAACUUGCAAACUGCUAGCCACAGUGCGUGCGUCAAAGCUUGGAGUCCGGUUGGUGACUUCUUAUGCAAGGCUACCAAACGCCGCAGCUUCCCAGACUAUUCUCUUCGAUAAGACAGGGACCCUCACACAUGGCGAUUUGAAGGUAACACAUGUGGGCUUCUCUAAGGAGUGGGAUUUAUCUCAGAAGCAAGACAUAUUGUGGAAGGCUGUCCAAGAUGUUGAAGCCGGGAUCACUCAUCCAGUUGCCCGAGCUCUCGUCCAAGAGAGUAUUUCAAGGUUAUCGGAUAAACAUGAGUAUUUAACUGCCAUGUUGGUGUCUGAAAUCAAGCACCAGCUUGGUCGCGGUGCUCAAGCUGUUGUGACUGCCAUUAGGCCUGGGUCUCAGUCCGCCACUUGUAAGUUGGUAAUUGGAAGCCGUAAGUAUAUCGAGAGCCUGGGAAUUGCCGUCGAUUUAGGCCAUGUACCCGUCAGGCUGAGAAGUAGUAUAACAACCACUGCUGUUCUAGCCAUUGAUGGAAAGCAGGCUGCUGUUAUUGUGCUCGAAGAUACAGUCCGUUCGGAUGCUCACAAAGUUAUACGGCAACUCAAAGACCUGGGCCUCACUGUUGGUAUGAUCACAGGCGAGAACGCGAUUGCAGCUAUCUCUGUUGCUCGUGAAGUAGGCAUUGAUUUCGACAUGGUAUUUGCCAAUGCUCUUUCAGAAGAAAAAUGUCGCAUUUUAGCCCGAAUUCUUCAACGCGGACCGGCUAUAUAUGUGGGAGAUAACUACAACGGCAUGUUAUGCUUUGCAUCUGCGUCGUUUAGUAUUUGUGUCACAGGCUCAGAUAUGCAGUUCGUGGACAGUGACUGUGCUGAUACGAUGUUAAUAUCGUCGGAGACUUCUCCGCUGAGUCGGAUACCGUUCAUGAUACGCUUGGCACGGCGUACGAGAGGUAUUGUGACACAGAACCAUUGUUGGGCUGCAGUCUACAACAUCUUUUCUGCGUCCUGGGUACUUGGUAUCGGUGGGAUACCGCCGCCUUCUCCGUAA